CUCCCGGCCGGUAGGCGGUGCUGUGUCGCUGCGGUGCCUAAGCAGUGAACAAGAAGCUGCGCAUGCGUGUGCCGCUAGAAGGCAGGAUGGAGGUGUUCGUUGUGGUUCCGAGGUCCAGAGGUUCUGCCUGCGUGCUUCCGCGCGGCUCUGUGGUCAAAGAUGUUCUGGACCGGUUCGUCUCGCAGCAGAACUUUUACGUCACUACAAACGGUCGUCUGGCCCCGCCCCAGGACCCCUUACAGGAUGGAUGGACGUAUCGGCUGGAGCCCCGCCUCUGUGGGGGGAAGGGCGGUUUCGGCUCCAUGCUGCGAGCUUUGGGCGCUCAGAUCGAGAAGACCACGAACCGCGAGGCCUGCAGAGACCUGAGCGGGCGGCGCCUCCGGGACGUCAACCACGAGAAAGAGAUGGCGGAGUGGCUGAAGAAGCAGGCGGAGCGCGAGGCGGAGAAGGAGCAGCGGCGCCUGGAGCGUCUGCAGAGGAAGCUGGCGGCGCCCAAACACCAGCUGUGCGACCCCGAGUACCAGCGGCAGUGCCACCACCUGAGCGAGAGGCUGGAGGACUCUGUCCUUAAAGGUCUGCAGGCGUCCUCCGGGGCUCCGGCGGCGGCCGCUGACAUCACAGCGGUCAAGAGAGCCAGCAGCACGGUGCCGGGCGGGGCGCCGCCGCAGAAGAAGAAGGCGGGGGGCGGAGCAGCAGCCAGCUUCUGGACGGGCCUGGAGGAGCUCCAGAGUUCUGAGGAAGAGGAAGAGGAGGAGGAGGAGCCUCUGUGCCUGCAGACGGCUGGCAGCAGACACGUCACCAUGGCAACAGAGUCUCCACCCUGCAGAGCUGGUAGUCCGUGUUGUGACAUGUGGUCCCAUUUAGAGCACAGGUCCUCAUCAGCUGAUCCGGUUCCUGGACCUUCAGAAGACAGCGGUCCAUCAGAACCAGCAGCAGAGGACGCCGGACCUCCAUCAGAACCAGCAGUGAAGAACACCGGACCUUCAGCAGAACCGGAUGUGGCCUCCUCAAAGGAGCAGAGGCCUCCUGACCCACAGGAGUUCUGCAAUCAGUCCCAGCAGGUGGACCUGUCCCUGGUGACGUCUGUGCAGCAGCUGGAGCUUCUGGGUCCAGACGUCCUGAAGGCGGAGCUUCAGCGGCGAGGGCUGAAGUGUGGCGGGACGUUGCAGGAGCGUGCAGCACGCCUCUUCUCUGUCAGAGAUUUUAGCCCGGGUCAAAUCAACCCGGCUCUGCUCGCCAAACCCACCAAGGCCAAGAAGAAGUGAGGCGGUCCAGAAACAAAGCUGUCAGUGAUCAGUCUGUUUAAUAAAGUUCUCAAACAUAAA